GUUGUUUACUUUGUUUCUUCAAGAUGGAGGACGAGUUGGAAGUUGACAUCGAGGGCGACGAGUUUGAUACUAAUAAAAGUGAGCACGGUGGAGCGGGUUUAGUACAGGAGCAGCUCCUGCAGUCUGCUUGGAGUAGCGACGCGGGAAUUCUUCCCUGGGAGUUGGACAAUACCAUCAGUGAUGAAAACCGAGAGGCGAUACAGAGGAUGCUACUGGAGGAGCAAUACUAUUUGAAAGGCCAGGAGAUACCCGGUGAUAUUUGGUCAAGUGAUGCCAACAGCAAGCCCAACUUGAAGAAGUCUCAAGCCAAGACGGCAAGCUUCUCCUCUUCUCGAUGGUCCAAACAGGAGAAAGAUUUAUUUGAAGAGGGACUGGCUCAAUUUGGACGAAGAUGGACAAAGAUCGCCAGGCUGGUGAGGAGUCGCACCGUCCUUCAAGUCAAAAGCUACGCCAGGCAAUAUUUUAAACACAAGGCUAAAUUAGCACCCGUUGUUGGGGCUCCCUCGACAGGCCCUACGUCGUCCUUUCAGCCUGCUCAGCCCACCUACAGCUGUACUGACGCCUUGGCAAACACGGUGCGCAUUGAGAGACUGCUUGGAGACGAGGACGAGGAGGUGGACAUCACCGAUGACGACGGCAACGAGGAAGAGACUGAGUGUCAGGUCAACAGUCCGCCACAAGCACCUCCUCCAUGUCACCUCCCAGAGGAGCUGGAAGAUGAUGAGCGAGAUGAGGAGGACAAAGCAGACUGUAAGCGAGUGGAGGAGGAGGUGAAAGAGCAAGAGGAGGUCAAAGGUGAUGAAGCUGUGGAAGGGGACAAUGAUGAUGAUGACGACGACGACGACGAUGAGGAGGAGGAGCUUAAGGCCCCUGAGCAGGAAGUCGUGUUGGACACGGAGCUCAUCAGCGAGGACGAGAAACAAGCCAUUCCUGAGUUCUUUGAGGGACGUCCUUCCAAGACCCCGGAAAGAUAUCUGAAGAUCAGAAACUACAUUUUGGAUCAGUGGCUGAAGAGCAAGCCAAAGUACUUGAACAAGACGUCAGUUCGGCCCGGCCUAAAGAACUGUGGCGACGUCAACUGCAUCGGGAGGAUACACACCUACCUAGAACUCAUCGGGGCCAUAAAUUUCAACUGUGAACAAGCGGUGUACAAUCGACCCAGAGUGGUAGAUCGCUGCAAGCACAAGGAGGGUAAAGACGUGCUGGAGGCCUACCAGCUCGCACAAAGACUGCAGAGUAUGCGGACCAGGAAGCGGCGAGUGAGGGACAUGUGUGGAAACUGGUGUGACGCUAAACACAUGGAGGGACAGACCUAUGAGCAUCUGAGCGCAGAGGAGCUAGCUUUGCGUAGAGAGCGGCUGGCGAUGCGGCCUAAAGCCUGCAAGACGUCUCGACACAAAGGGUCUUUUGAUCCUUUCCAGCUCAUUCCAUGCAGGUCCUUUGGAGAAGACGUGCAGGAGCCAUUCCGGGUCAUUGUGUGUGCUGAGACGCUUCUCAUUAUGGACAUGCAUGCUCACGUGUCCAGAGGCGAGGUCAUUGGUCUGCUUGGUGGAACUUUCAACGAGGACGAGAAAGAAUUGAAGAUCUGUGCAGCGGAGCCCUGCAACAGCGUCAGCACGGGGCUCCAGUGCGAUAUGGACCCGCUGUCUCAGACGCAGGCCUGCGACGUGCUCUCCUCCCUGGGCUUCAGCGUGGUGGGCUGGUACCACUCCCACCCGUCCUUCCAGCCCAACCCGUCCGUGCGAGACAUCGACACUCAGGACCAGUUCCAGAGUUAUUUCUCUCGUGGCGGCGCCCCCUUCAUUGGGAUGAUCGUGAGCCCGUACGACCCGGCCAACCCUUCCCCGCAUUCCCAAACAACCUGCUUGUUGGUGAAGGAGAGCCAGGAGCCGUUCGGAAUGCAAAGUAUGAAAAGCUUCCUUACAAAUUUGACUUCCUGCCAUCACAAGACAUCCCAGACUGGGAUCAGACGCUGCGGAGAGCACUGUGGAUCAUCCAGAAAUAUUCCCAAACACCAGGGAGCGUGCACAUGGACAGAUUCUUCCGCAGGGGCUCACACCUCACCUGUUUGGAAAAGAUGCUGUCGUCGAUGGCCAGGUCACUGGAGCCCUUACAGGAGUCGGAGGGCGAUGCCUUCCUCACUCACGUCCAUUCUCUCUUCCUGUCCGACUUCAUCGCCAAACAGCAGCAGGAAAGCGGGCCGUCGAUGAAUGAUUUGACCUCGGACGGCGACGAGGAGUCUGGCCAACGGGCCAACGCGCAACAGGACCCUAAAUCGGAGACGGACAACUCCAGCGUGUUGCAUCUGGGCUCGGUGCUGUCAACAGAGCACGACUAUUUACUGUGAUGCACUUCAUCAGGGUAAUGUAGAAUUUUCUACUAUUAUUACAGCAUUAUUAAAUGCUUAGUACAUUUAUAGCAAAUCAUUUUAACCGCCAUCAUUUUUGUACAGCUUUUAAUAUGUUCAUAACUAUAAAACGAUGUAACACACAAUUCGGGACCACACAGAGGAGCAGUGCAAGUUUAUGACAUUUAUUUCCAAUGGUGGACUCCAUCCACUCUGCUUUUCCCGUCCCUGCCUUUAUAACCUCAGACACACAAGUUGCCAUCUUUUCUGACUUUCACUCUACACCAGGGCUAUUCAACUACAAAAUAGUUUCAAGGGCUCAGGGGCCGGACAUGGAAAUGUGGAUGUUUCGUCAGAAAGGGCCUCCGCAGGUUACACGCCUUUGAAACUGCCUUUACUCAAUUGCAAAGUAAACACAUCAGCUUUCACACCGCACUGUCAAUAAACUCAUUAUUCUGCCCUCGCUACUCGUUUCCAGCGUGUGCAAAUAGUUAACAGCAUGAACAAAUAGAAGCUCCAGAGGUUUUGUUGAGGAUCGAUGUUCCUCUUUCCCUUCCUCAGUUUUAUUUAUUCACACUUCUUCCUUCCUUUUAAGUUUGUAGGACUGAAAAUAUAAACAUAAAAUAAACAUUACAAAACUAUGACAGCCAUUGUGUAUUUUACAUAACGUCUGUUGUGUAUUUUAGACUUAGACUUCCUUUUUAUUGUCAUUGAAAUUUGAACUUUACAGUACAGAUAAGAACGAUAUUUAGCUGCAUUAGCUCAUGGUAGUGCAGGAUAAAAAAUCAACAAGGUGUAGAUAUAAAUAAAUAGAUUACUGUACAGAUAAAUAUAUUGCACUUUUGCAUAUGCAUCCACGUUUAUGGAUGUAUGUUAUAUCGUCUUUAUAUUCCAGACAGUUAAUCCAUUUUUGGGGGGAAUUGAGCGGAUUAUUAUGAUGCGUUCAAGAGUCUUACGGCCUGAGGGAAGAAGCUGUUACAGAACCUGGAGGUUCUGCUACCGAGGCUGCGGAUUAAAAAGUUUAGUCUUAAUACAUUCACACAAUAAACUACAGAUGUUUACCCAUAUAGAAAUUAAAUAACAAUUACACACCAAACAUUGCACACAAUGAAUGUGACUCAUCCCAAUUAUACCUAAACU